AUGGAGAUGCCCCCCACCAUCACCGGCGCGCGCGAGCCCCCAUACAAGGCGGCGCUCGCAGCGGUCACGGCUGGACAAGCAGAACACAGCCAGAAGCCGUGGCGCCUCAGGUGCGACGUGGCCACGGAUGCCGGCCUGAGGUCGCUAGCGGAGGACGGGGGCUCCUUGCUCGAGCAGCUGCUCGACGCCAACACGCACGUGAAGGCCCCGGCGCCCGCCGAGGAGACCGAGGCGCUGGCCGCCCGGGAGGCGCCCGUGGCCCCGGCCAAGGAGGAGCUCGCCUUCGCCGAGGGCGGCGCCGCGCCCGAGCCUGGGCCAGAGCCCGAGGUGCCCGAGGCCGCAGCCGCGCCCCCGCGGCAGCCCGCGGCCGGCGUGCCGCGCUCGCCCUGCAGGGGAGGCCUCCAGGCGCUGCCAGCCCUGCUGCCCGGCGUCCCCGCGCGGCUGCCCCCGCUGGCCGCCGACUUGGGGUCGGUCGGCCCGGCCGCUCCGACGAGGACGUUGCAGCCGCUGCCGCAGCAGGAGCAGCCGCAGCGGCCGCAGCCGCUGCAGCCGCAGCAGCGGCAGCAGCCUCUAAGGACCUGGGGGACGCCAGCUGCGCACCCAGAGCAGCAGCCACCACAGCAACAGCCGCCAGAGCAGGCGGCGCAGCCCGAGGUUAUGGAGGAGCAGCUCGAGCCCGAACUCCAGGGCUCGCCAGCCAUUGAACCCGUCACGCCGACGGAGAGCAGUCACUCUCGCACAGCCAGUUCUGCCGCGCGCUCCGGCAUGCCGCCGGGAGGGCGGCGGAGAAGGCCGCGGCGGGCCGGGCCCCGGAGCGCCCGCGGCAGCCGCAGGAGGUGGAGCCUGAGCGGCCGCCGCAGUGCCUGCGGGAGAACCCCCAGGAGCCCGCGAUGCCGCCGCCAGGAGAGCAGCAGGGCCAGUGCCACCAGGAGCAGCCGCCGCCCCACCUGGAAGCGGGCGACCCUGACGCUGCUGAGGGCUGCUGGUCCCCAGCGUCACACCAGGCCCACCAGUCCUUGCACGCUCUGGAGCGACAGCAGCAGCAGCAGCGGGAGCAUCCAGAACUAG